AUGCACACGGUGCCGCUCUCGCUGUAUCUGAUCCGCCAACCUCGCACGCUUGUCCUCGUCUCCUCCGAUUACAGCCUCCUCUUCAAGCCUGCGCCAGCAUCGAAGGCUAGCGAUGCGGGGUCGGUGUCAAUCGUGAUGGAGCUGCUGGAGCGGGAUGAGGUGGAUCUGGAGUCGGCCGUGCUGCUGCACAGUCGUGUGAGCGGGUGCUUGGGGGUCCUCGCCGUCGGAAACGAGACCUUCCUGUCAAUCAUCACUCACGCGAUCCCGCUCGGUUCGACAUACUCUCGCCCCUUUGACGGACCCGGUACCGAGCCGAUCAACCGCAUCCUCGCCGUCGAUUUCUUCUGCCUGACUUCGCCUUCAUUCGACUACUUGCAUGCUCCCAUCAGCUCCGCCGACUCCUAUUCAACGUCUCUCGGGAACGAUUCGUUCGAAGAUGCCGCCUCGCUCGCCUCGCCCUCUUCAUCUUCCCUACGCGCCGAACCAACCCCGACCGAACAUCCCUGUCAGGGCAUACGCAAGAUCCUCAGCAACUCGAGCUUCUACUUCUCGAGCGGACCCGAAGCGUUCGACUUGUCGACUCGAUUACCAGCUCGUCUCGAGAAGGCUCCGCAGGGCAAAGCGGCGCCCGAAGCGGCAGAUCGAGGCGGCGGCGGUGUCGACGACGAGCCGAACCCAGACGGCUACGAAGCUGCCGAGAUCGACCACGACGCGCGGUUCCUCUGGAACACCUACCUCGUCGCGCCUAUCCUGUCCUUCCGCUCGUCUCUCCCGCUCAACCUGCGCGAAGAGUUCGACCGGCAAGGCUUCAUGGUGCUCGCGAUACAAGGAUAUGCAGGAACCUACGACAUCACUCUCGGCGGAGAACCAGCGGUUCUCAGCCUGAUCAGCCGACUCGGGUGGAAGCGAAGCGGGACUCGGUUCAACGUUCGAGGUGUUGACGACGAUGGCAGUGUGGCCAACUUCGUCGAGACGGAAACAAUCUUGCGUACGCGAGACCUGUGCUUCUCGUAUGUCCAGACCCGAGGUAGCGUUCCUCUCUUCUGGGAAGAAGGCGGCGGCCAGCCGUUCAACCCGAAGAUUACGAUCACCCGUCCGCUCGAAGCCUCUCUUCCCGCCUUCCUCCGUCACUGCGAAGACCUUCUCGAGCACUAUGCGCGCUUCCACAUCAUCAAUCUCCUUUCGACGAAAGAAGGCGAAGCGGCGCUCACCAACGCAUACGAGGCGCACCUCAAGGUCGCGAAGGAGAUGGACCAGAAUGUCGCUGAGGGCGUCGGCAUCACCGAGUUUGACUUCCAUGCUCGGAGCCAAGUGGGCGGCAUCGAGAGCGUCAAGUCGCAGCUGUCGAGGGAGAUCGGCGAUGUGGAGGAAGACUUUGGGGCCUGCGUCGUCGGCGUCGACCAGGAGGGCCGGACGACGCCGAUCCUGACGCAAAAGGGCGUCUUCCGCACCAAUUGCAAGGACUGUCUCGACCGGACCAACGCCGUCGAAGACUCGCUGUCCCGCUUCGCCAUCGAAGACUUCCUGCGCAACACGCAGCCAGGCUGGCUCGGAUCCGACGCCGCGCAGCUUUGGGCGUCGCAUCGAGUGUUGUGGGCGGAUAAUGGCGAUGCGCUGUCGAAGAUCUACGUCGGUACAGGCGCUAUCAACAGCUCGUUCACCAGGUCGGGCAAGCGGAACUUGGCGGGUUUGCUGUCGGAUGCGUCGAAGAGCGUCAACCGCGUCUUCCAGCAGCAGCUCUUCGACAGCGGAAAGCAGAAAGCGAUCGAUGCGCUUCUCGGCAACCUCGCCACGUCCCGCAAAGUCCGCAUCUUCAACCCAAUUCACGACACGCUUCGCGCUCGACUGCGCGAGCGAGCCUCGGAGUUCACUACGUCCGAACCAACGACGAUCUGGGUCGGCACCUACAACUUGAACGGCAAGUCGCCUGGCGAAGAGAGCUUGAUGGACUGGAUGUUCCCAGUGGAUGGACCCGAGCCUUCGCUGCUCGUCCUCGGCUUCCAGGAGAUUGUGCCACUCUCGCCGCAGCAGAUUAUGUCAACUAAUCCUGAGAAGAAGCGCCGCUGGGAGCAGCACAUCCUCCAGACGCUUGCCUCGCGCCCCGAAAAGAAGUCCGACUACGUCAUCUUACGGUCCGGUCAGCUCGUCGGGACUGCUCUCAUCGUCUUGUGCAAGACCGAGAUCGCUGGUGAGAUGCGGAACGUUGAGGCGGCGAUCAAGAAGGUCAAGGGCGCCGUUGCGAUCCGCCUCGACUACCACGCUUCGUCGUUCUGCUUCGUCACCGCCCAUCUCGCGGCCGGGCACAACAACGUCGACGAGCGGAAUCAGGACUACAUGACGAUCUCGCGGGGCCUGCACUUCGCACGAGGCAAGACAAUCGACAGCCACGAUAACGUAUGCUGGUGCCUCGACAGCAACUACCGCAUCUCGCUCUCGAACGACGAGGUCCGAACGCUCGCCGAGCAGGACGACUACGUUGCGCUGUACGCGGCUGAUCAGCUCAACGUCGCGAUGCGGACGCGCGGGAUCUUCCAGGGCUACCAGGAGGCUCCGCUGCUCUUCCGCCCGACGUACAAGUACGACAACGGGACCGACGACUAUGAUACGUCGGAGAAGAUGCGCAUACCCGCCUACACGGAUCGCAUUUUGUAUAAGGGGCCUGAUCUCGACUGCUCGCGUUACUCGAGGGCCGAGCUCCGCAUGUCAGAUCAUCGCCCCGUAUACGCCACCUUCCGCGCCCGCAUCCGCACCGUCGACCAGACGAAGCGUGCUGCGUUGCGGAAGGAGCUCCUGCAGGACCUCAUCGCGAAUCCUCCGGAAGAUGCGCUGGAGAACCAGCUUUCGCAGGUCGAUCUCAACGGCAACAAGCCGCCGCGGAGACUACCUCCGCCUUCGGACGACCAGCAGGCGUGGUGGAAUGGCAAAGACGGGUCGUUCGAGCCUCCCGAAGUUCCGCCGAAACCGCGCAACCUUGCCGUGUCGAACCCGUUCGACCCAGGUUUCUACAAGUCUUCGCCCACGACGUCGGUGUCGAACGGACAGGCAACGCCUGCAUCUUCUCAGCGAAGACCGCCGCCUGCGGUGCCUCGCAAAGCGAUUCCGACGGGCGACCUUCUCGACCUCGACGACGUCUCGUCAUCCGCCGCAGAUCAGUCUGCACCAGCUCCUUCAGCUGCACCCACGUCCUUCCAAGCAGUCAAGCGGAAGCCGCCGCCGCCAGUCUCUCGCGCGGCAUCACCGUCUGUCACCCGUCCCGGUGACCCUCUUGCACCCGACUCCUCAUCAAGCGCAUCUCAGUCGUCGUUCAUCUCGAACGGGUCGAAGAAGCCUCCUCCGCCUGUGCCAGGUCGACCGAAGGAGCGGGACUUGAGCGGGUCGUCGACCCUGAGUGAGGUGGACAGCCAUGCAACGGGCGAGAGCUGGACUCUCUUGUCUUGA